GUGGGGGAAGAGGAGGAGGCAGUGCUCCCUGGCAAUUGGCACUGCCAACCUCGAGCACGGGACCCCGAGUGAAUGGCCGUUUGCUGACUUUCAGGGGCGCAGGGAGGAGGACGGGUUUACUGGGGCCAGGCCCCAGUCCUCUGUCAGCCAACUGUCAACCAGUCGAGGCCGUGCCCCUCCCUGCUCUGGCAUGGGGCUGAGGGCCUCGUGGGAUAUCUGGACCCAGGGAGGCUUGCGCGCCCCAGCCAUGCCAGCCUCCUACCUAGCUCCCACCCACCCCGGGGGCUGUUCACCCUUUCGGCUGCCCAGGUUUGGGUUUUCUGGGCGCCCGGCCCUUCCCCUCCCACCUUACAGCUUGUGGCGAGGGGACAAGGGACGGGAAGACAGGAGCUGGCUGAACUAAACCUUCCCGGCCAAGGCGGGCAUGGAGCUGAUGGUGGAGGUGCUGGGGCCGGCCCCCUGGGGCUUCCGGAUCACGGGGGGCAGAGAUUUCCACACCCCUAUUACGGUGUCCAAGGUAACCGAGCAGGGCAAGGCUGCCGCUGCUGACCUCCGAACCGGGGACAUCAUUGUGGCCAUCAAUGGGGAGAAUACGGACACCAUGCUCCAGGCUGAGGCCCAGAAGAAGAUCCGUCAGAGCCCCUCACCUCUGCGGCUGCGACUGGACAGGACCCGGUCAUCCUCUCCAGGUCAGACAAAUGGUGAGAGAGUGCUGGACUUGCAGGCUUCCCGUUUUCAGGGCUCGACGAGGACUCGAACAGACAGUCAGGCUUCCCUGCGGUCAUCGUAUUCCAGCCCAGCAUCCCUUAGCCCCAGGGCCUGCAGCCCCUUCACCCCGCCCCCUUCCAGCCCCCCAAACUUUCCAGGCGAGGGGGUGGUGAGCAGUCGGAGCUUCCAGAGCCUGACGCAUUCCCCCGCCGUCAUCUACGCCGACCAUCCGUCCCUUGGGGGCCGCCCUGGCCCCAGACAGGCUGGGCUCGGCCGAGCUGGUGACUCCGCUGUGCGAGUUCUGCCUCCUGCGCCUGCCAGACCCAGGAAUUCCUUCUCCUCCAGUCCCCGACAGAGCAGGGACCCGGAAGGAGGAGGCCAGCUUCUUGAGGAGGAUUCCGAGGUCUUCAAGAUGAUGCAGGAGAAGCGAGAGGGGCAGGCCGCCCCUCGCCAGUCCAGCUCCUUCCUGAUGCUCCAGGAGGCCCUGGAAGCUGGGGAGAGAGAUGGCACGACGGUCUUCCUGCCCAGCUCACUGAGCCCAGCGGCCCCCCGCCUGGCCGGGACUGCCCUGACUCCACCCCCAAAGCUGCACGUCUGUGAGAAGUGCCACAGUGGCAUCAUGAACCAGGCGGUGCGGAUCCAGGAGGGACGCUACCGUCACCCGGGCUGUUAUGUCUGCACCGACUGCGGCCUCAACCUGAAGAUGCGCGGGCACUUCUGGGUGGGCGAUGAACUCUUCUGCGAGAAGCACGCCCGCCUGCGCUACCCGGGCCCGCCCACCCUCAGUGCCCGCUCCUGAAGGGCCUCAGCCAGUCCCUGCCCUGACCAGCCUGCCCUGCCUUCCGCCAGGCGACCUGGGUGUUCCUGAGCGCUGUGUCAAGGCUGGGAACCUGAGUUUGGUACCCGUCCUUGCCCCAUCCCUGCCGUCCCACACAACCCUCAGCCCAGCAGGGCCUUGUCUCAGGGGUGGGGAAAGAGGGCCGGCCUUGCAGGUGGGCUGCUCGAAGGCAGCGGGUCUCCCCUGGCGAGCGAGGCGGGCACCGGGCGAAGAAGUGAUGCGGGCACUGAGCCUGGAGCUGAGUGGGGCUCCUCAUUUAGCUAUUGUAAGGCACGCGCCGGGUACGGGGUGGGCAGCAGAGGGGGGCGGGAGCAAGGGACAGAGGGAGGACACAUCUUUCAGAGGAAAGGACGGGGGACGAUGCCAGGUGAAAAGGUCUUGCUUUAAAGCCACUGUGUAAAGCUUCCGUGAACUAUAUAUAAAUAUAUA